AUGUCGAAUACCAACCACGGCAUACGAAGACUUUCGUCAACCUCCUCGGACGUCAAAGGCGGCGGCAAUACGUCUCAGCAAGACGAAAUCAUGGAGAUCCAUAGCCAGGUGCUCAAAAUGAUUGAAAUAUUUGAGCGAAUGUCCGCGAUGCUCGAGACAAUAGAAACACGGAUUGUUACCCGACCAUGUACAUCUGCGAAUCGAAAUGAACUACUCCCUUGUGGUGCUCAUGGGUAUACGUCAUAUGGCUGCUUCUCGGUGGGAGUUCACUUUGUGUCGGCAUUUUCUCAUAAUGUCGUUAAAACGCUUCUAGUAACGAACGAUGCCUUUGGGCUCCGGCCACCUCUAGUAUGCAUUGAGCAGCAUUACUAUAAGAUUAUGCCUUUAAAAUGGAUCCGAAAAUACAAGAAUUGUUGGCUGAACGUGAGUGAGAAAGAGCUGAACUUGAUCAAGAAAGACAAUGGCGUCAAGACGCGGAAGCCGAGGCGAGAAGCGAAAGAAGGCGACGAAAUCGAUCAUGUACGAGGCGAAAUUGCUGAGACUUAUCUCUACUACUGCACCUAG